AUGUGGCUUGUAACUUUACUCCUGUUGUACUCUCUCCAAGAAGUACACAGUGAGGAUGUGAGCUCCACCAGGCUGUACUUUGUAAAUGCCUCCCUGCAGAAGGUAACCUACUCCAGCUCGGUGGGGGUGUCCCUGCCCUGUCCAGCAGGGGGCACCCCUAGUGCCAUUCUGCGCUGGUACCUGGCGACUGGUGAUGACAUCUACGACGUGCCCCACAUUCGCCAUGUGCACGCCAACGGGACGCUACAACUGUACCCCUUCUCCCCCUCCGCCUACAACAGCUACAUCCACGACAACGACUACUUCUGCACAGCGGAGAACCAGGCGGGCAAGAUCCGCAGCCCCAACAUCCGCAUCAAAGCUGUUUUCAGGGAGCCCUACACGGUCCGCGUGGCAGACCAGCGCUCGAUGCGCGGAAACGUAGCAGUGUUCAAGUGCCUGAUCCCCGCCGCGGUGCAGGAGUACGUCAGCGUGGUGUCCUGGGAGAGAGACACCGUUUCCAUCGUCCCAGGAGGAUUGUCCCUGAUCGGCAGGAGGAUCACUCGAGUGAACUACAGACUGGGUCGAUGCUAUAACACACUGCUGCCCUGA